AUGACUGCUCAGAAAGAACGGAAAAAGCCUUCCUUUCCCUUAAUUCUUUCUGUUUUGUCAAUCGUGUUUUACUGCGCCGGUUUUCUACGAGUAGAAUUGGAUCUAAACGAACAGAAGAAGAGAAUAAACGCUCUUGAGAGCAUCGAAGAGACUAAAUCACGAGCCAGCAUUCUUGACCUCGUAACAAAGAGCAAGGAGAUCAAUCCUGGUAAGUUUUUGACAAAAAUACUCGACGUUUCAAAACAACAUACACAACCACCAUCUACCAAACAAACACGAUCGUUUGACCUUUUAUUGUACUGACUGCUGCUGGUUAAAUAAGCCUUAAAAGCCACGUGUAUCUCUAGUCAUAAUGGCAUUUGUUUCAAACGUCGUAUUUAACUCUGUUCGCUGUCAUUAUUCUCAGUAACAUAAUAAUAAAUUACUAAAAUUCAUGCAUUAAGUUUUGCAGAUGUGAAAUGCGACGUUUAAAAACAUGGCCUAAGUCGUUCACUGCUUAGCUAAAGGGACUAAACCAGCCAUGAAGAUAUGGCUUGACGCCAAGAUGUUUUUUUUCUCCUUCUGGUCAUAGUUAGUAGAGGAGGCCCGGCAAACAUCAAAGUUCAAAACAACAGUGCUGUAGUUUAUGUUGGAAGCUCUCUGACCGUGCACAAUCUUUUGUUCUUUGUUCACAAAUUGUGUGACUGAAUAAAUUAAGGCGAUCUUUCUAUUGGUCAGUAAGUUCAAAAUGAUAGGAAUGCGAUUAAACGUUGUGCACGUCCCAGGUCCAAAAAAGCUGACAAAAACAUAUAACAAAGGAGUCUAACGGGUUUCAUAACUAUUCCACUAUAAUAAAUAUGUUCUGGUUUAUCCUGACUGCCGAACCACAAAUACUGUUCAUCUGAUACCGAGCUAAACAAGCCAUCAAUAAAGAGUAGAAGUGUGACGUCACGUUACCAUGGUAGCAACAUUUCUUGAUCACAACAAUGGGGGGCUUAAGCAACAACGACGGCGAUGUCAACGAGACUGGUAAGCAAUCGGUUUAUAUUAGCAAAACAACAACUUUGCUGCACGUGCAUUACACGUUUUUUUUAUUUCUCAGCCGUCGUUGAAACGACUUGAAACUUCCUAAUUUCACGCUCCCCCUUGAUGGAGUUGAUGAACACAGCACAAGAAAUCUUUUUCUUUCUAAACUCAGAUACGGUCCUUUCGGAUUUAACCCCAGACAAUUUCGCCAAGAUUUUACAAAUUAAGCUAAAUUUUGCUAAAUGAAUAUCGUCAAUAUGGUUAUAUUAAAUAAUCUCGUCUUUUAAGAUCCGGAAGUCUUGGAAUGCUAGUGCACUUCUGGUACAGAUAUAUUGAUUGACCUUCCUAACUAUCAGUACUGUUACUCAGUGGACAUAAAAUUAAAUACUGUAUGUUUUACGAUACAUUAAAAUUACAGCUAAGCUGGUGAAAAAUAUUUUUAAUGUCUUCUUUGACGCAAAUUGAAAAAAAAAAAGCUUUUCCAGAAAAGGCAUUUAUUUCUUUUAAAUUCCCUCUCUAACUCUUUUUAGGGUAGUAAAACUCCCCAUUAUCAUGAAAGCUUCUAUGGUCUUUUUUGCCCCUCUCCAUUUUAUAAACAGAAUAUUGUUGUAGUGAAGAGACUCGAACAGAAUUCUUUUCAUUGAGAAGAAAGCUCAAUGAAAGUUUUACAUUGUUAUUUUUACUGAUUAACAGCUCCUCGAGCGCUCCGAAAUAUUGGAAUUCGGCCGAUCAUAGAAUUCUGAAAUGCUCUGAAUGACAGUAACUAUCGUGUUACAUUUUGAAUUAAGAAAAAAAAAUCAAAAGUUAACAAAUUUUAAGCUUGUGCAAAAUAGCGCUGGGAGAAAAGCAUAAAAGAAACAUUAGACUGCGCAGAGGAACAUUCGAGUCUGACCGGAAAAUAUCCUGUACUGAUAUCUUUUCAAACGCUGUUAGCAUCACAGGCGUAAGACAUAGCGAGUCUUGCCUGUUUGCGGAAAAUUUUCGUAAAAAGAUUUCCACUGAACUGACCAGGUAACGCUUAUCAACGCUUGCUCAAAAUUCCUUUCUCAUCACUUCUACGUACCAACCUCAGCUAAAAGACUCAGCGUACAACAGAAUGGUGAACAAAACUUUUAUUGACGAUCAUUGAUCUUCGUUAGACUAUCAAGGGGUAUACAAUGGCCCAAUAAACAACUGUAAGAUAAUCAAUCACUGCUUCUUUAUUAUUUAAGGGUUAGAGGAAGGGAAGUUAAUGUACAAGACUUUUGGGAAAAAUGCAGCGAUACAGCUAUGAAUAAUUAUGGUAUAAGGCAUUUGCCUUAAACAAAAAAGCUUGUAAAUUAUUGGUUAGCGAAUACAGCAAUCUCUCUUCGCUACUGACCCCAAGGGACGUCUGUGCCUCAGCGACAGAAAUUCUGUAUUGAUGACGCAAAUUGAUGCGUACGUAACAAAUCUGUUGGUCAUGGAAUUCCAACUGAAAAUUUUGUGUUUCUCCUGAUCGAUUAUGGUAUGGUUUUGUGUUUUCCUGUGAACGAGCCUCGCUGUUUCUUCUAAAAAAGUAUAUAAAUCACGAAUCUUGACUAUUUUUAAGUAGAUUCAUCCCGUUUACAUUUCACCUUUGUGGCCUUUUUGUCUUCUUUUGUCAUCCAUAAACAAAACAAAAACCACGUAACUACCACGUUGACCGGAUUCCGGACAGUUUACGUCAUCGGUAUGGAAUUUCUGUCGUUGAGUCGCAGACGUCACCUAGCGGUAAGAAGCGAGGAGAGACGGAUGUAAAUGGUUUGGUGCUCCACUUUCUUGUUUUGAUGCCAUUGACGUCACAGAUUAAUGUCGUAUUUUUCAGACCCUCAUUCCAAUAAACGUCAAAGGAAAAGGCGCAAUGCUGAUACUAUCAAGAACAAGACGGAAAUUAAAAACGUACAAGCAACAGUGCUUAAAAUUUUGUCAGAGUUAAGACAGCACCACUCAUUAUCGCAAAGUAGCUCGUGUCUCCUAGGCGUCCCCGGGCCACCAGGUCCGAGGGGAAAAGAAGGGUCCCGAGGCAAAAGAGGACAGAAAGGAGACCAAGGUAUUAUGGGAUUGCCUGGAAAGAGUGGCAAGCAAGGUAUUAUGGGACCAUCAGGUCCUAAGGGUGAUGUUGGACUCAAGGGACAAAAAGGAGACAUGGGACCUGCUGGCAUGCCAGGAGCUAAAGGAGAACCUGGUAAAUCAAUUUCAGCUCCGGCUGUUGCUGUGUCCCCUAAAACACUGACAGCUAACGAAGGUGAAUCAGCCUUGUUUCAGUGUUCAGUGAGUGGUAAUCCUAAACCUGUACUAAAAUGGAGUAAACUGAAUAGUCUGUCACAAAUGAGUCCUUCAGUGGUAUCAGGAGGAAAGCUGCUGUUAAAAAACGUGGCAGGAAAUGACGCGGGAAAAUACAACUGUUCAGCGGUCAACAUCUUAGGAAAGGCGCAUGCACUAGUACAACUUGUGGUAAAUGGUAAGUUUGUUGUGACUCGGGUGAUUCGAUUGGUGGAAUGCUAAGUCAUCUUGGGCAUUAAUAAAAAAUAAUUCAUAUAUUUUGCAAAAGCCUUCACAAAUAGUUAACCAAAAGAGACCUCAAACACUUUUAAGUGCUGACAAUGUAAUCUACAGUAGAACCCCGGUAACUUGAACUCUGUAGGGAAACGAAAAACCGUUCGAGUUUUCAGGAAAUUUGAGUUAUCGGGGUAAAUAUCAAUGAAAUUUUGAGCAAGGGAAAGGAAAUUUAGUUAGGGUCAGCGGGGAAUUCGAGUUAUUUGAGUUCUACUGUAAAAGAACGAUUUCAUCGCUGAUAUUAACCAACGGUUAAAAAUAUAAAUGAAAUUUUUAUCAAGGGAAAGGAAUUUUAGUUAGGGUCAUGGUGGAAUUGUGGUUAUUUUGUUUCUACUGUAAAAGAACGAUUUCGUCGCUGAUAUUAACCCACGGUUAUUUGGCGUUGCAAGGUAAAUUGGUUUCUUAUUUUAGGGAUGCAAGAAAAAAAAAACAAAAAAAAAACGGGUGGUUGAUAUUUCCUCUUCAUAAUCAGCCAAAGAGCGUUUUUUCACUUUUAUUGUUGGAGAAGGAACAUUUUGUCUUGUCUUGAGACGAGUAUCGGUUUAUGGUAAAUAUGGCCUCCACGGACAGGCUGUUUUGGAGACCUUUCCAUAGGAAAAAAUCUGAAUAACGGGCAAAUUGCGAAACAUGGCCCCACCAUAAUAAAGAUCAAUGACAAUAUCAAUUUUUGAACAUCUUUUGUCAUGUGAUGCUGAUUACUGUUUUCAAAUUUCAUCAAAGCAUUUUUCCUUGCAGUUCAUCCGCGCGUUUCUCUCCUUCCGGGACCUCAUUGCGCCAUCAAAGGAGACAAUUACACCCUUCCUAUUUGUCACGUGACUGGGUACCCAACACCAGUGGUCUCAUGGAGAAAGUCGUCCGGUCAAUUACCCCAGGGAAGGGUGAAGUACAAUAACAGUGCAUUGCAAAUUCUACAUGUUCAGAAAGAGGACUCUGACGUUUACGUCUGUUCAGCAUCAAACCUGUUAGGACGAGUUGAAAAGAAAACUCUCUUAGUUGUUGCCUCGCUUCCUCGUUUUAUUGUUAAGCCACCUGUAAAAAUUGUUGUGAAGUUAAGAGGAACUUUGAGGAUAAACUGUAGAGCUUCUGGGGAUCCAAAACCAGUCAUGAGGUGA